AUUCUGCGUGCAUUGAAGUAGCUGGAACCCUUCAGGGACCUGGUACAGACGUGGAACCUGUUGCACACAACAAUUGCUAUUCGAAGGAAAAAAAGAAGCAAAUGAUACCAAGACAAGCUCAUAUCAGAGAUCUAAACACCAUAUGCGUGUGGAAGAAAAUACAGCCUUCAAAAUGAUUUUGCAGAUUUCUUCAUGAAGGUUUUGCAUAUAUAUAAAUCUUUCAUCUGAUGUAUUUCUACCUUGAGAUGAGUCAGAAGACGGGUAAGGAGGGUCCCAGACUCUCCAAGAACCAGAGGUUCUCGGAGCACUUCAGCAUACGCUGCUGCCCGCCCUUCACCUUCCUCAACUCCAAGACGGAGAUCGUGGAUCGCAAGUACAGCAUCUGCAAGAGUGGCUGCUUCUACCAGAAGAAGGAGGAGGACUGGAUCUGCUGCGCGUGCCAGAGGACCAGCACCAGCCGCCGUGCAGCGUCCCCCCAGAGGCCCAAGGUCCAGCCAGCUGCGCCCCCCGCGGUGGUCAGAGCGCCCGCCAAGCCACGGUCCCCUCCGAGGUCUGAGCGUCAGCCACGUCCCCGCCCAGAGGUCCGACCACCGCCCGCCAAGCAGCGGCCCCCUCAGAAGGCCAAGGCCAAGCAACAGCCGCGCAGCAGCCCCGUCAGAGGGCCAGGCGCCAGCCGUGGGGGGUCCCCCAACAAAGCUUCUAGGUUCUGGUAA